GCUACGCAAGUCCAAGCUCCUCUCUCCCACACCGUAUAGAAAAUUAGAAAUUAAAUGGUUUUUAUAAUAAGAGAGAGGAAGAGUAAAUCUUGAGAAAGCGUCAGAUUUUACACCAUCUGGCCAUCACACGCCCCCUGCCACAGGCGGUACAUCCACCGUCCGCCGCGCCUCGCUGAAGAUACUUUUUCUAUUUUCUCGUUGUCUAACUAAUCAAACUCUUUGUUGCUUAGAUUCCGAGAUAUCGGAUCCUGAUAUUUAGCUUACUUAACUCCACUCCUUUUCGGUUCGGUGACGGUUUGGAAUCGUUUCUGCGCUUUGCAUUUCUUAAGGAAGGGAGAAUUCUUGUUUAGGUUGAGGAUCUUUGAAGACAAGUUUGUUUCGGUUUUUAAGUGAAGUUUUAUUUGUUGUUGAUUGGUCGAUUAGAGUAGGAGGAAUUCUUGCUUGUUUGUUUGUGGAUUGAUUGGGUAGUUGAGUGGUUGGCGUUGAUAGUUUUAUUUGUCGACAUGGUUAGCGGAAAUUUAUUUCACCAUAGAAAGCAUUCGUGGCCGCCUGAAGAGUAUAUCAGCAGAGCAACUUUGCAGCUGUUUGAUUUGGAUAGUGCUGCCCCACCAGAGCAAGCUUGGAGAAGGAGAUUAAACAGCCAUGCUAAUCGUCUCAAAGAGUUUAGUGUUACAUUUGCCGAAGCAAUUAAAAUGGUUCGACUUGGUAUAAGGCUAUGGUCCUAUGUCAGGGAGGAGGCCUCUCAUGGAAGGAAAGCACCUAUUGAUCCUUUCACCCGAAUAAGCUGUAAGCCAUCAGCAUCACAAGGAGUUCCUCUUGGGGGAAUGGGGAGUGGUAGCAUAUCAAGAGGUUUUAGAGGUGAUUUCAGGCAAUGGCAGAUUACUCCUGGUAUAUGUGAAGCUUCACCUGUUAUGGCCAAUCAGUUCUCUAUUUUUAUAUCUCGAGAUGGAGGAAAUAAACAUUUUGCAUCUGUUUUGGCACCAGGCCAGCAUGAAGGUUUAGGAAAAGCUGAUGAUCAGGGAAUAUCGUCUUGGGGCUGGAAUCUGAGUGGUCAACAUUCCACGUACCAUGCUCUAUUUCCUAGGGCAUGGACUAUAUAUGAUGGUGAACCUGAUCCAGAAUUAAAAAUAUCUUGUCGGCAGAUAUCACCUUUCAUUCCUCAUAACUAUAGGGAUAGCAGUCUGCCUACAGCUGUUUUUGUUUACACGCUGGUAAACACUGGAAAGGAAAGGGCCAAAGUAAGCCUUCUUUUUACAUGGGCGAACUCAAUUGGAGGACUUUCACAAUUGUCUGGAGAUCAUGUAAAUGAACCCUUCAUAGGCGAAGAUGGAGUCUCUGGUGUACUUUUACAUCACAAGACUGCAAAGGGGAACCCUCCUGUUACUUUUGCAAUAGCUGCAUGUGAAACUCAAAAUGUAAAUGUUACUGUUCUUCCAUGUUUUGGGUUAUCAGCAGAAAGUCAUGUUACAGCUAAGAAUGUUUGGGAUAGAAUGGUGCAGGAUGGCCAAUUUGAUUGGGAGAAUUUCAGUUCUGGACCAAGCGUGCCGUCAGCACUUGGGGAAACACAUUGUGCUGCAGUGGCAGCUUCUGCAUGGGUGGAACCUCAUGGAAAGUGCACUGUUGCAUUUGCUCUUACUUGGUCAUCUCCAAAAGUAAAGUUUUCAAAGGGAAGUGUGUAUCAUAGGAGAUACACAAAAUUCUAUGGCACUUCUGAAAGUGCAGCUCAGGACUUGGUGCAUGAUGCUCUGAUGAAUUAUAGGCGCUGGGAAGAAGACAUUGAGAGAUGGCAGAACCCUAUCCUCAAGGAUGAAAAGCUACCAGAAUGGUACAAGUUCACAUUAUUUAACGAGCUUUACUUUUUGGUUGCUGGUGGAACAAUCUGGAUCGACUCUCAUUUGCUUGCUUCAAAUAUGAGAAAUGAGAGAAAGAAGGAGAACACAGGUGUCAAUGUUACUGAUUCAAUUUCUAGUGGUGGAGUAAAUCAUAAUACAAGAAGUAGCUUUCGAUGUGAAGAGGAACCAAAAGUUAAUCAGAAUGGAAACUGUGACCACUCCCAAGAUUCUUUCACAUUGUUGGACCCACAAACAGACAUUGAUGAUGUUGGUAGGUUUCUGUACUUGGAAGGAGUGGAAUAUGUUAUGUGGUGCACAUAUGAUGUGCACUUCUAUGCAUCUUUUGCCCUCCUUGAGUUGUUCCCAAAGAUUGAACUCAAUAUUCAGCGUGACUUCGCAAAAGCAGUGUUAUCUGAAGAUGGAAGAAAAGUAAAGUUCCUGACAGAGGGUAAUACAGGAAUUCGGAAGGUUAGAGGAGCUGUUCCUCAUGAUUUGGGGACACAUGAUCCAUGGAAUGAGAUGAACGCAUAUAACAUACAUGAUACAAGCAAAUGGAAAGAUUUGAAUCCAAAGUUUGUGCUACAGGUGUACAGAGAUUUUGCUGCAACAGGAGAUAUGUCAUUUGGAGUUGAUGUGUGGCCUGCUAUCCGAGCAGCAAUGGAAUACAUGGAGCAAUUUGAUAGGGAUGGUGAUUGUCUAAUUGAAAAUGAUGGAUUCCCUGAUCAAACUUAUGAUACAUGGACGGUUCAUGGUGUUAGUGCUUAUUGUGGCUGCUUAUGGCUUGCUGCACUUCAAGCUGCAGCUGCAAUGGCUCUUCAACUAGGUGACAAGCCCUUUGCUGAACUGUGCAAAAGCAAAUUUUCAAAGGCAAAACCAGCAUUUGAGGAAAAGCUAUGGAAUGGUAGUUAUUAUAACUAUGACAGUGGUUCAAGUAGCAACAGUAAAUCUAUACAAGCUGAUCAACUGGCAGGGCAAUGGUACACAGCGUCAUCAGGCCUGCACCCACUUUUUGAUGAAACUAGAAUAAGAAGUGCUCUCCUGAAAAUUUAUGAUUUCAAUGUAAUGAAAAUUAGAGGAGGCAGGAUGGGUGCUGUAAAUGGAAUGCAUCCCAAUGGGAAGGUUGAUGAGACAUGCAUGCAGUCACGUGAAAUAUGGGCAGGUGUAACCUACGGUGUGGCAGCUACCAUGAUCCUUGCUGGAAUGGAGAAAGAGGCAUUCACUACAGCUGAAGGCAUUUUUACUGCAGGCUGGUCAGAAGAGGGCUAUGGAUACUGGUUUCAGACUCCAGAAGCGUGGACUAUUGAUGGGCACUUUAGGUCACUUAUGUAUAUGAGGCCUCUCUCAAUUUGGGGCAUGCAAUGGGCACUAUCUAUGCCUAAAGCAGUUCUUGAGGCCCCUAAGAUCAAUGUAAUGGACAGAAUACACAUAUCCUCCUCUAGUGGAAGAUUUUCUUACAAUGAAAUGGGAGUUAAACGGAUUGCAAAAGAUGCUAAGUGCUUUGGAAAUUCAGCGUUCAAUUGUUCAUGCUAAUCAUCAAUUGUAAGUGCCCUCUUAUUUGUAAAAAGACUUUUAUUUCUUCGCUUCCUUGAACCCUCGUCCAGUGGAAAUCAAAGGCCGUGGGAGGGAGUUAUAAUAUAUAUAGCCUAUCGAGCUACCAAAUUUUCAUGAA